CGAUGACUUGAUAUCUGGAGCCCGCGCCCUGGAACAUGAAAUAUCCCCCAUCGACUACUCUAUAAACACCCAUCGGUAUGUUUGCCGUCCGACAGCCCACCACUGUCACAAUCAGAUGUAAAACACCUAGACGACUACUUCUCGCCAUCAAAAAUCCAUCCCUUUCAUCUAAGACACGCAGAAACUUCUUCACCACCUCACCAGUCUUCAAAAUGGCUGUGGGUGAAUCCCUCGUCGGUAAACCCAAUGCCUGGAAACAACCAGGUCCUGCGGCCUAUGAUUUCCGCAGCGAUGUCAUGACCGCCCCCACAGAGUCCAUGCUCAACGCCAUUAUCAACACCACUUUACUCGACGAUGUUUUCUCUGAGGACACCACAACCAAUGACCUCGAGUCUCAUAUCGCUCAACUUUCUGGCCAUGAAGCCGCUCUACUCGUCAUGUCAGGCACCAUGGGCAACCAGGUCGCUUUGCGGUCGCACCUCACUCAACCGCCCCAUUCAGUUUUGUGCGACAUUCGAGGACAUAUCGUCAAUUACGAGGCCGGUGGAGUCUCUGCCUUGUCCAAUGCCAUGACCAUCCCCAUCCACCCAUCAAACGACCACCACAUCACUCUAGAAGAUGUGCAAAAGUAUGCCAUCGUCUCCGACGACGUUCACGCCUGCCCCACCAGAGUCAUCUCCCUCGAAAACACCCUCGACGGCACCAUCAUGCCCCUCUCUGAAAUCAAACGUAUCGCCGAGUUCGCGCGCCAGCAUUCCAUCAAAUUACAUCUCGACGGCGCCCGUAUAUGGGAAGCCGUCGCCGCCGGAGCUGGCUCCUUGUCAGAUUUCACAACCCUCUUCGACAGCGUCAGUCUCUGCUUCUCUAAAGGUCUAGGCGCCCCGAUUGGGAGUAUCAUCGUCGGUUCCCAAUCCUUCAUCAAUCACGCUCGAAGAAUCCGAAAAAUGAUUGGCGGUGGCACCCGCCAGGCUGGUGUCAUCUCCGCUGCUGCACGUGUGGCCGUGGACGAAACCUUUGGCCAUGGUCCCAACGGUGAAGGAGGAAAGCUUCGUGCCUCACAUGCACGAGCACGCGAAAUCGCCGCCCUCUGGACGUCCAAGGGCGGGAAUCUGGCAAAACCUGUCGAAACGAACAUGGUGUGGCUGGAUAUUAGCCGUGAAGGUCUCUCCCAAGACCAAUUCGCCGAGAUUGCUGCCUCAGAAGGCGUCAAUGCCAGAGGUGGAAGAUUGGUCGUUCAUUAUCAAAUCAGCGACGAUGCAGUCGAUAGAUUGGGGAGAGUGAUGGAUAAAGUACGGGCGAGGAGUGGGACUGGGACUGGGACACAGACAGCCAAUGGUCAUUAAACGAGGAUUAUAGACUAACUAGGUUGCUCGAUACACCCUGAGCUUGGGUGUGGGCUGGCGCGAUAGAUGAUCAUUCCUGUUCAAACAGGUAGUUGCAUUGUCGGCGCAUCAAAAUGUCAGGCUGACUCGUCUACCUCCAU